AUGGCGAUCGCCCUGGUCAUCGAGCGACAUGAUAGGAUCAUGCCGUCACUGCUCUACCAGCAAGUCCCCGUCCCUCUCACGCCCAUUUCUCAGACGGUCUCCCAUGCGCGGAGAGUGAGACUUUCCUUGCCAUGGAAGCGAAUGAUGAUGCUCUCCGACGACCAUGUCGCGCAGGACCUGUUGGCGAACGAGAUCGUUUCUCUCUCUUCAAAUGAGAAGAAUACUGAUUGUAGCAGGUUUGCCGACAAGAAACUCGGAAAACUCUCAGAGCAUCAACUCAGCUGCCCUGAUCAUAGCGCAAUUAACUUUUUUACAUUCCAUUCUUGCUAUCCAGACGACAACCGAGAUUGGAUGCGCUUCAAGUUUCAAGCAAGUUAUGAUUGUUCCAGUCACGGUUCAGCAAUAAGUUCGACAAGCAACUUCUACCAAACAAGCUGCCAAGAUAACAAGGAUGAGUACCUGGAGUAUCUUGACAGGCAGCCAGUGCAGUGCAAUCCUGGUGAAGUUCUGAAGUCAUGGCAACUCACGACAAGCGGUUGUUCUUCGCAGCAGGUCAGAAUCAACUACUACUGCAGCCCAGCCGAAACCACCAACUUGAGGGACGUCUGGGGGAGCUGUCAGUUGGUGCGACAAAAGACCUUGGCAUACCUGGACAGACAUCAUCCAUCAUGCGGAGACAACUCUGUUAUGACAGGAUUCCAUCUGACAGCUGAGGGAUGCGGUGGAGACGAUCUUCGUUUCGUGGUCCACUGUGCCCAAGUGAACCUGCCAUGGACUCAAUUUGGGCUCGACGAUAUGAAGAGGUACAAUGCAGAAGACGCGACUGAAUACGCGAAAUAUCUCAAGAGAAAAGGAGACUACGAUGGCCUUGAAACGCCCAACUCGCCAACUGGCAGGAGGAUCAAGGACGAGUACGAGUACUUCUAUAAAAUGCACAAGUACUGGAGCGAUCUCUACCAGUCCGUGGAGAAGAAGAGAGAAGCUAUCAAAUAUUACAGGCUUUGGAACCUCUGGAAGAAUUAUCCGACGUACUCCAACAAGGCACAGGAAUACGAGUCCCUCUGGAAGUCAAACUACAAUGCAUAUCAAUCAUUGAUCGGCAAUCCUCCCUCUGCUCCAGUGGUGACCUAUCCGAAAGAAGCGUUUCUGGGGCCUGAGAAAGAAGCAAAGGAUACCAGCGAGUACUGGCUUACCGCAUGGCAAGACCCUCCCAACACAGAGGUUGCGGAUCGACAUGAUCCCGAGAAGGUCAAAGCCAGUGCAAGGAGUGUCCCUCCUCCUCCUGCCCCAGGAUGUGGCAAUGACUGCAAGAACAACACGAUCGUAGGCACUCAUUUUGUGACCUUCCUCCGACCUAAGACCUUGUCCUCUCAGAACUACCUCUCGAGGGCUGCUGACCGUUUGGGUGAUCUGCUUCCAGAGAAUCCAGAUUGGAACUCUGUCCCCAAGGAGCUCAUGAAGGAUCCUGAGUCGAAGGAAGCAGAGCUGGAGAGAGCGAUGAACACCAAAGUCUUCGACCCGGUAGACAACGCAGACAUGGACUACAAGUUCCUUCCCGAUGGCCGCGAGCUGUCGGACAAGUCAGGCUGUCUCCUCGGAGAUGCAGAUUGCUUCAGGAAGAUGAGCAUGUGGCCUGGGCUGCCGGACGUCAUGACGCAGAAGGAGGAUAAGUCGAGGAUGAAGAACGCGACCACCGCUUACCUCACAUUCAAAGAAGCACAGCAGAGGUUGGGCGACCUCUUCCCUGAGGACCCGCAGUGGUCCAAGUAUCCCAAGGAGCUCGUCCCUGGUGAUGACUCGGAGGCCACGGAGAAGGACAAGCUUCUUAACGUGAAGGUGUUCGACCCCCUGGAGAAUCAGGACUACGGCAUCGUGAAGGUGAGGAGAUACGCAGGAAUGAGAAUCAUGAGGAGCAAGGUGGGGUGCGAACUCGGAGACGUGGCUUGCUUCCGCAAGUACAUGGAGAAGCAGGAGGAGCUUGCGAAGCAGUAG